CUCGUGCGUUCGCAUCCCUUGGGACCCUAUUGUAGAACUUUGAAGGCCAUUGACUUUAGCUAUGAUUCUGUAACUUCUCCUCAAUUAGAUUGUUGGCUUAUUAUUUCUGAUAAGGAAAGUUGAAGUUGGUCUCCACAGCCAAUUAAUAUUGAGCAGAUAUCUCACCUUGUAAUUUUCUCUAAAAAUGACCUUGACAGUUAAAGCGAUUCAGUCUGUUCGCAGGUUGUCGAGCGUUGCAAUGUUAGUGAGAGAAGGUCUUGCGGAGAUCGCACUUCCGGACAGUGUGUUUUACAAUCCUGUUCAGGAAUUCAAUAGGGACAUUACUGUUGCUAUGCUAAGUCAAUUCGGCAAAAUGCAUAGGAAAGAAUCCUUGUUGAAGAAGCAAGUGGAUGGUAUGUUUUUCGGUUUUAAACUAUUAACAGCAUGCGCUUAAGAAAACUGUGAUAAGUCAUGCAGUUUGAAAAUACUUGAAGCACUAUCUGCUUCUGGAAUAAGGUCCGUUAGAUUCGCUCUCGAAGUCCCAAAUGUUUCAUGUGUGGUGGCCAACGAUGUAGACCCAGAAUCUGUUAUGUUGAUUAAAAAAAACAUCGAACAUAACAAAGUGAGUAAAAUCGUUAGUGCUGUCUGUAGCGAUGCUAAUGACUUGAUGUAUCAACAUCGAAAGUAUUCUGAAAGGUUUAACGUAGUCGACAUCGAUCCAUUUGGAACAGCAAGCCCAUUUUUAGACUCCGCUGUCCAGUGUUUGCAUAAUGGUGGACUACUUUGUGUAACUUCAACCGAUAUGGCUGUAUUAUGUGGCAGUACUCCUGGAACUGCGAUGGGCAAAUACGGUGGGAUGGCUAUUAAAACAUCAUCUACACAUGAAGUUGGAUUACGAAUACUUCUGAAUGGCAUACAGUCAGCUGCCAGUCGAUAUGGUAAAAUCAUUGAACCACUGUUAUCUUUGUCGGUGGAUUUCUAUGCUAGAAUUUUCGUUCGUGUCUGGUCUAGUCCAAUAUCUGUCAAAGCGAUUGCAGCUAAGCAUGGCAUCUGUUAUACUUGUCUUGGUUGUCUGGCGUACUAUAUACAACCUUUGGGUGAGGCACUUAAUAAUAACAGAGUGGUUGCUCCUGCUCGUGGUCCACCUGUAGGUCCUCAAUGCACGUACUGUGGUUCAAAAUUUAAUGUAUUUGGUCCUAUGUGGAUUGGACCCUUACAUAGUCGUUCAUUCUUAUACGAUUUCCUAUCUGAUUUGGGCUAUCCUCCUGGAUCCGGCGGUAGUGAAAAUCACUCUUCGCAAAAUAUAGCGGAUAAAGAUGAAGAGUCUCCAAAAUUACCGAAUGAAUCAGAAACUCAGUUGUCGGAUCAGUGUAACUUAGUAACAAAUAAACACUACGGUACAAUUAAACGUAUUGUUGGUAUGGCGACUAUGGCGUAUGAAGAACUGCCUGAUGUGCCUUUAUAUUAUGCAGUUGAUCAAUUAGCAUCACUUUAUGGUUGUACUAUCCCUAAAUUACUAGAAUUACACUCUUGUUUUCUCAAUGCCAAUUAUCGUGUAUCCUGUUCGCAUGCUGAUAAGAAUUCUUUAAAAACUGAUGCACCACAUUCGUUUGUACUUGAUUGUUUUCGAGUUCACUACGAAAAACUCCGUGAACUAAAGAAUUCAGAUAGUGAAGAACAUUCUAAAGAAGUAGUUGAAACAUUAGAAAAAACUAGUAUUCGAGAUAAGAGACGUGCGAGACGUAAACGUAGUUGUAAAGAUAACGCAGAAGAUGAAGACACAAGCACUGAGCCAAAUAGUGGUGAAGAUCGCAAGACAGUUCGCUCCAGCCUAUUGACCAGGCCAAUUAAUCCAUCAGUUUCUUUCGCCUGCCAUCCUCUGGCCAAUCCACCUUCACGAAAUGAUGGACUACUGAGAUAUCAAGUAAAUCCUGAAAAACAUUGGGGUCCUAAGUCUAAACGGAAAAACAAGGUUGCAUCUCCCCAGUGAAUUAUGUAUAUACUAUCCUUAUCAUAUCUUUUAUGGUACUUAAAAAAUAGUUAUUUUUGAUACACUUCUAUUUUUUAUCAUUUUAUACUCCCGUAUUGGC